AUGAAAGAAGUCGAAGAGAUGGGAAGCGGUUUUUGGCGAUUUCUACGCUAUGCGGCUCCACGAGAACUCUACCUUGUCUACUUGUUUUAUGGCUGCUUGCUCUUUUUAGACCCUAACAUGUAAGAGUGCCAGAUAAAUACCACGAUUCUUACCAAGAUGGACUGCCAACAAGCUGGAUGUGAAUAUUUGGAUUUCUUGGGUAAGAUCAUUUGGCUGAUCUACUUAGUACCAGGUGCAUUAGAGUAAAGGUUUUGAAGUGUAUUUUUGAAGUGUAUGAAUGAACACUAUUAUCUAGCAGUGAUCUUCUAAUCAAAGAAAUACCUGGAAUCGUAUUCGUACUUCGCCUUGUCGUAUACCCUGAUCCUCUUCCUCAGCGAAGAAUUUUCCAUGACUGACGAGACAGCCGGGCUCGUUUACGGAAUCCAGGGGCUUUUGAUUAGCUUUUAUGGCUUUCUCAUGGCUACGGUGGUUGAUUCGGUGGGCGUCAAGUGGAGCGUUACUUUCGGGAUGUUGCUUAAGGCAGACAGUUGUACUUCCUUGAUAAAUUUAUUCAGUUCAUUAUUUUUAGCGCUACUUUUUGGAUGUUUCAUCUUAAGGCAGAGUCAGAAUAUUGCCCGCAUACUCAACAUGAAUCAAUAUUAAGCAAGUAGUUGUAACACUGGGACUAUUCUCUCUGAGGGGCUUGGCAAGUAACCUUCAAGGGCCACCCCAAUAAAGAAGCAAGUGAAAGAGUAUCUGGGAUUAUUCUCUAUGCUACUUGGGCAAGAGGAAGAGUUCUAGUUCUUGUCUAACUUCUUGCUCUUCUUUGCGCGUUGCGCUUUGGUCGUAACCGAAUCGGUGGAGGCGGUGUUGUUGAAUUUAUUCGUAAUCCUCCCAGCGGGAACCAGUUUAGGUUAUGGGUGACGUUUUCUCUCGCAUUUAACACAAGACCAUCGUCGAGGCUCUCCCUUUAUUUACCCUUGACGAAAGUUUGCCUCUUUUAGGUACCCUUGACGAGAGUGUGUAGGCAGCACUUUUUUCAACGGGGGCCCGAUCUUGGCCCUCAUUUCUUCGGGGGGAUGGAAAAACUGCCAGGACCGAUGGUCUCCCUCUACAGGGGAGAAAAAACAACAUUCAUAUGGGUGUGCCGGUUUUACAGAUUGGGGUAAAGCGACUGACACAAGAGAAAGACCGAGUGCUAGCCUACUCGAUCUUCUACGUGAUCAUGAAUGUCGCAGCAGUUACUGCAGCGCCCCUAGUCGACUUCUUUCGACAACACUACAAUUAUGCAUGGUUACAGAAACCUCUGGAGUUACGUAGAUUGUCAGGAUGUUCGAAAUGGUAUGAGAUAAAAAGUUGAGGUUGACUUAAUAUAAUCGGUAGAGGAUUUGAUUUUGAUGCUCUGCUCGGUAGGACAUCAUCACCUUCAUGAUCAUCAUCGUCGUCAUCUUAGUGGAAGCCCCUUCUAAUGCAGAGACGGUCUAGAAAUUUUUCCGGAUUGGCCUAAGAUUUCCGCUUUCCGUUUGCUGAUUCUCUCUGUUAAGGCGCACGUUUAAAUAAGGAGGUGGCUCACCGUCACCCUCACGGUCACCUGAGUGCGUGCUUGCUUCGUUUUAAUGCUUUUCUAGAGUCAUCUUGUAGAGCGAAGCACAGCUCUUGAUCCUAGUAUGCUCUUUCUAUCCUUGUUGAAUACUGGACGCUGAGGUAUCAUCAUAGAGGGAGUAGCGAAUAAAAUCAGCCCUCGCCUUGCCCUGCUGUGCUGGAAUGUCAGUGUCCAUUCCUAUCCUAUCCUAUCCUAUCCUAUUCUAUCCUCUUGUUCUAAUGUUUGAGCUUUGUAGCCCUCCCCUCACCCCUUCUAUGAUUAAUGUGUCAACUUUGUAGCCUUCUCCCCACCCCUUCUACACUUACUAGUCUGUCGGCUUUGUAGCCUUCUCCCCACCCCUUCUACAGUUAGUCUGUCGGCUUUGUAGCCCUCUCCUUCCCCAGCACGUCUUCUAAUGUCUGAGCUUUGUUAACCUUCGCAUCUCUCUUCGUCGCGUUGACGUUACUGUCAGACCUAGAGAUGCUGGAAGACGGCACGUUGGUGCAAGUGGAGGAUGAUGAGCGAGAACACUGCCACACGUCUAGUGCAACAGGAGAAGAACAAGUAGGAACGCAGUUGUCAUCUUCACAGCCUACAACAAUAGUUAAGGCUUGUUGUCUUAAUCCAUCUUUCUUGUUGAGUCCUCUUGACAUCAUGAAUAGAAUGGUUAACGUUGAGGCUUCUUUUAAUCCAUUUCGAGUCCUCUUGACAUCAGAUAUCCUGAAGCAAGAGGCUUUUUUAGGGGAAAACGUGCCCAGGAUGCAUCUCGAGAUGGAUUUCUCCUAUCUCUAAGAGAAAAAGACAAGGAGCACGGGAGGUCGUCCCUUCAUCACAUCAGCUUUUCCACCUCCCUACGGAAAGAGACGAACAAGCAACAUCAAGUACUACUAAAAGUAGCUGCAGUAGAUUGAACCGCUUCAGCCGUUGCCGUAUACAGUCACCAGCAUCCUUGUACUCCGAUGUCUUUCGAAGUCCUAGAUUUUGGCGCUUUUUUUAAGGACACUGGAGAUGGCUUGUUGCAAUAAAUAUUAAAGAAAAGAAGAAGCUUGUUGUACUAGAAAGAAAAGAAGAAGACAGCUACAUUUUCAUUUGCUUCGGGGCCCUAAUCUGAAUGGAGAACUCUUACUUUGGUACCAGCUGGCUCUCAGUGAAAGGUGGCGCGCAAUGAAUAUAGUAUUCAGGAUCUCGAUCUUUAACGUAAGUUGUAGCAAUUCUAUGACAAAUGACAAGCCAAUAGCUCAUACUCAACAACAUGUUAAGGAUGGAUCUACUAGUAGUCACGACCUCGCAGCUCGAGGACCACGACGAAAAACGAGAGCAACAAGUAGCUACUAUCACGAUGAAAUAAGAAGUAGAAAUACUAAAUGGAUCAACCUCACUUUUUCGAUUUUUACAACCUCAGCCAGCACGGACUCUAAUUUUCUCUGCUUGUGUGUCUCCUACUCGGCGUUCGUGUCGUGUUCCGAUAUCUGGAUGCUCUAUUUCCGAAAUACCUCAUCAGAGAAAUCGGACCUGGAGCAUUGUAUUAUUAUUUCUUGAUGGUAUUAUAGUUCCUAAACCUAAUAAAAUAGAUUUCCUUUUAGACCUGAUAGAUUGCCUUUUCCUGGUUUUGCCUUUCUAGUUAGGUGCUCCACCACAAAGCAUUAUAGUUCUAGUUAAUGUUCAUCCAUCUAAUGAUAAUGUUAUAAUUGCUCAAACCCUUUCACUGCGCUAACGUUUCUCCACAGAAUCCCGCUAACGUUUCAAUCACAUCGUCCUCAGAAUCGCGCUAACGUUUCUUCCACCACUAAUAAAUUGCACUUCUCACGUAUGGUUCUGUUAUCACAUUGGAUGCUAUAACUACUUGUAGUACAUUAACUGUUAUAACUCCUAUUACCUGUCUACUACUCCUUUUACUGUCACAUUAAACCCGUGAUAUUACCUGUGCAACUUCUGUAGGUGUACUUCUGUUAUCUCAGGUAUGGUUCUGUUAUCGCAUUGGACCCGCUAUUGAUUUUGGUUUUGGUUCCUGCUCUUGGCAUGGCUGCGCAGAAUGUAUCUUCCUUGCAGAUGAUAUUCAUCGCUAAGGCCCUUGAUAUGAAAAUGAAAAUAACCAAACACCGUUUCUUGUUCUUCGCUGCAGAUGAUAGAUAAUGAUACAACUUAUUCUUGUGAAGCAGGCUUGAUAUGAAGAUAAAAGCAUCUUCUUUCAACAUUGCGCCAUGUUGAAUCUUUACUAAGGUGAGUCUUGCUUUACCUUUUGUAGCUCUAAGAUAUGCUCCUGUUUCAGUGCAGCAGCUCCUUUCUGGCUCUCUCUUGGGCACAGCUAUGCGAAUGCAGUCUUGUUCAUAACGUUAUGAAGGCUGAUGCUGACCGAACGAAGUCGGGUUGUCGCUCUCUAGAACUUCUACAUCCAGCACCUCUACGCUAGUUUGUCAGUUGUGGUUUGAAACCAAAGCCGAUAGAUAAACUGUAUAAUGCUCGCUUAUGUUAUCCGAGUCUCUGCUUCUUUACCUUUUUUCCUAAAUCCUGGGGAGGUACCAGCACCACGACAUUGAGCGCUGCUCUAAUAAGAACACUAGCUAUCGGAGAGGCAUGCUGGUCACCACGACUGUAUGAGUACACAAUGCGAGUGGCGGAGCCUGGAAGGGAAGGAACUUAUACUUAAGAAGAGAGGAAUCAUUAGGGAGCUUUGUACUUCUUAAGACCUAGUAAGACGAGCCUGCAGAUUAAGAGGUUGAUACAACUACUUGCAUGUGGAUACAAGACAAGGGCAAUGCUACCAUUUGUAGCAUUAGAAGUCCUUCCAAGAUCAAUUGCGGUACUCUGUUGUUCUAGUUCUUGAGUGUUUCCUUGCAACUUACUUUAGAAACAAAUAAGGUGGAAGGGUUUAGGAUAGCUAAGUACCUUCUAAGCUCUCGCUCUCGCACUAGCAUGUUGAAGGUGUGUUAAAGUUACUUCAACACCUUCUACAGGUACAGCUACACUAGCAUGCUGGAGCUGUAUUGAAAAUACCUUCUAAGAUCUUGCAUUAGCGAACGCACCAACCUUUUGCGCAACAUUGAUUGCAGGUUCUCUAAGCGGCUUUUUGUUGGACACCUUCGUGCCCGAUCCUGCACUCUUAUCAGGUGGAAGAGGUUUAGAAGACGUGCUACAAGGAUCUACAGUUACGGAGUUCAAAAUGUCUUAGAAUUCGUUAAUUUGAAAUACGACAGUCUCUGGUUCCGAUUAAAAGUGCGACAGCUAUGGCGGUAAAAGUGUUAGAAUUAGAAGGAUCUGCACCCUCUUUCUGAGGAAAAAGCAAACCAAACAUUAUAAAUAUGAUAAUGAUCUGCAUCUGAUGCCCUUUCGUGUAACCGUAGCUACUCUUUCGCUCAAGAUUAUGAGUCUCUUUCUCUUCUCGUCCAUGACCGAAACUAACUACUAAGUACAUAACGUCUAGAUGGAUCUACAACUCCUACAACACAACUUCUAAAACGAAGAUGAACAAGAGGAAUGGCGGCGAAAAGAUGUGGUUUCUAGUCGGACUGAUGAGCCUCGUGUCUCCCUUGGGCAUCUAUUUCACUAAGGAUAUCAUAGACCAUGACCAAGGAAGCGCAAGCAGAAGCGCAAAGAAUAAGAUUCACACUUAUGGUAGAACAACUAUACUAUCAUGAUGAUAGCUGAAUCUUUUUCAUUUCUUCAAAACACUUCUUUCCAAUUCCAUCAUGGUGGCAAUGUGUCGAAAGCUGCAUAGUAUGGCGCUCGUCUUUGUGGGGCUCUUGCGGGUUGAUAUAUUAUGUGUUAAAUAUACUAGACUUGAGCGCCCGGUAGCACUCUUCCCAUUAGGAUCCUCCACCUUCGGCACGCACUUCCUGCUCAACCCCGGCGCGGCUCCGCUUCCCCGGUUCCUCCCCCGCCCGACGACCGUCGGGCGGCGUUGGUCGGUGGGAAAAGAGCUGGGCGGGGGACGGCGUGCGGCCAUUGAUUAAAACGGCACGGGCCGAAGUCGCUGGCAUGUCGGUGCGCUCUUCUUUUGGUAGGUUUGGCCUCCUUUGCGUGCAAGUUGAUGCAGCGCUCGAGCUUGCAACUUCUCGCGAUUCUUCUUCUUUUGGAUGGUAAUCGUUUAAGUUUCGUCUUUAUCGGAUACUGUCAAAAUUUUUGGAUUUCCAGUCUCAGGCCUGAACUUUUGAGACAUUGAGGCGCCGCCUUUAUUCUUAAGCGCCCAACUUUGGGCUAAAGCCCGGGUCUUUCAAUUUUGCUUUUUUUAUUUUGAUUUUUCACUUUUGAUUUUUUAAUUUUGGGCUUGGAACUUUGAGUCAUUUAAUUUGUGAACUUUCAACUUUGAACUUUCAGUUUUGAGCUUUCAACCCGGAUCUUUCAACUUUGGGCUCUCAACUUUGAGUCUUCAACUUUCGGCUUUCGAUUUUGUGUUUUCAGUUUUGAUUUUUCAAUUUUGAACUUUCAGCUUUGAGGCUUCGGCUUUGAGGUUUCAGGAGGGGCUUUCAGCUUAAGUAGCAACUACUUAAGUCUUACCUACGCCUUUGGGCUUGAGGUUGGGGAUAAGGCUUUAGCUGAUAAAGUCAAAAAGUUGGGCUUUUUGGGCAAAGUUCUUGGCUUUAACGCGUGCGAACUAAAUUAAAUCGCGGCGCGCUUUAUUUUAAUGAAUGCUCGACGACGUGCCGGGGGUUCGUGUGUUGUGUUUGUUGGUUGAUUAGAAAAGGAGCGGAAAGAUUUGCGAUGGGGGUCGCAUGUUUUUGGUUCAAGUGCUUGCGGCUCAGAUUUUUUUGGUUCGGUGUGUUGGGUUCGGAUGGGAUGUUGGAGGGGUCGUUGUUGAUUUUUUUUUGUCUAUCUCUGUCAUAUUAUCUUAUGCUUUCUGCUGCAAUGUAAUAAAGUUAGAAUUUGUAAACUUCUGGGCAUUGCCCUGAAUUUUUGAAAGAUUAUAACUUUUGGAGUUCAACUUGUAAAAUUUUGACUGUAUCGCGUAAAGGUUAAACUUAGUGCCCAUCUGCAUGCCGUCAGAUCUAAGCAAUUCCCAGGCCUCGCAAGUUCAUAAGUUCGCAAGUUCAGAAGUGCACGAGUCAGAAGUGGAAGAGUGAGAGUUUGGGGCCCGGAAGUGGAAAAGUGAGAGUUUGGCGGGGUCGCUGUUGUUUUAUCUUUUAACUCUUUGCAUACGCCUCACAAGUAGACACGAUAUCUGCGCAAGAGGUACUAUGGAUGACAUGACGCACCUUCUUAGUCCUCUUUUAAUGAAGAACAUUGCAAAUACAGUAUAGUAGAUUGGGUUGUAAUUAUGCUGUGUUGUAGUUGUUUCUUUGUUUGUGUUGAUGCGCUCCGGGCAACGGGUACGAUCGCGCCGGAUUUCUUUGCUCUUCGUGUGUGUUGUGCUGUGGUCGCCGCAGCGACUAUGGUUUGCCUAGCCUUGCUGUUCUAAUUGUUAUGGUCUCAGAUCUCUGCUGACUACAGCCGCUAGUUGUGGGACUUAUUUCGUUCUAAUCAUGCACGAGCGCGCAAGGUAAUAAUCUCCAAAGCGAACAGCUAGACGAGCACGAGAGUAUGAUGGAGCUUGGACGUGCGAAGCCGUUGUUAAGGUUAUCUUCAUGUGGGGAACCAACUUUGAGAGUGUCGCUAUCAGGACUUUGAGGGGGUCGCUAUCAAUCAGACAUUCUCAAAGCAACGACCCCGCACCAGCCUAUCAGGAGCAAUUCUUAAAUACAGCAACUACCCCACGCCCGCGCCCAUGAACGCCCAGAAGAAAGCUCUAACUUUGAUUCCCAGCAACAGAAAGUAUCCGCAAACGUCAGCCGGAUUGCCCUACCCAUCCGCAGCCGGAGGAUCUACGCUGGAGCAUGAGCUGCGAGUAAUUCCUUCUGCCGAACUUGAUCUGGCUCAUAGAUACAUCUUUAAGGGUUUCCAGAUGAUUGCAUCCUGCACUAACAUGAUCCCUGAUUGUUCUUCCCUACUAAGAAAAUGAAAGAAGUCAGGGAUGUUCUGCUGAAGAUUGCAAUGUCGGAACCUCUAACAUCUCCUCGAAGUUUGGUAGUAGCUCUUCCUCUUUCUAGCUAGAUGAGUCGAUCAUCGGUUGUGGCUAGGGUUUGCAUUUAAGGUACGGCACGUGGGAGCUAGAAGAAGUUUCUCGCACUCACAGAACGAUGUCGUAGCGAAGAUGAUUGGGACAACAAGUCCAUGAGUCAAUGUCGGUCGAGUACGAGUUUUACAAUAGAAUUAGAUAUUGAUAUUGCAAAACGCGUAGUGAUCCUAGCUUUUGGUAGUUGUCGUCGUACUAAUAUUACAGUUUGGGGGUUGAAUUCGAUCAUGAUUAUUUAACGUAAAGGUAAGUCCUCACAAGUUUACUUUUUUUCACCAACUAUGUAUGUGUACUAGCUUGGAGCGUUCGAUAACAUCCCUCCCACUAGGAUCCCCCUCCUCCCAAAAGUAAGAAAUUAAGCACGGCAAAGAUGUAAGCGAUACGCGUUUUCAAAUAUCGAAAAUUCUCCACAUUUUUCGCCAUUUUGAGAGUGAACCCCUUGAGAUUGAAGGGCUAAGAUCCCAAAGCUUUUGACUUUAAGCCCUUUCGCUGAGAUUCCAUUUCUUGGAUUCGCAUUAUUCGAAUUUCGAUAAUUUUCCGCGUUUUCCUGUCGUCUUGGGAUUGAAUUCUGUGCGUUUGAAGUGCUAAGAUCCCAAAAUUUUUGAUUUUAAGCCCUUUCGCUGAGGUUCAAUGUCUUGGAUUUGCAUUCUUCAAAUUUCGAAAAUUCUCCCCAUUUUUCGCCAUUUUGAGACUGAAUCCCCUGAGUUUGAAGUGCUAAGAUCCCGAAGCUUUUGACUUCAAGCCCUUUCGCUGAGUUUCCAUUUCUUGGAUUCGCAUUUUUCAAAUUUCGAAAAUUUUCCACGUUUUGUUGUCGUUUUGGGAUUGAAUUCUGUGCGUUUGAAGUGCUAAGAUUCCAAAAAUUUUGAUUUUAAGCCCUUUCGCUGAAAUUCAAUUUCUUGGGUUUGCAUUUCUCAAAUUUCGAAAAUUCUCCAUGUUUUUCGCCAUUUUGAGAGUGAAUCCCUUGAGUUUGAAGGGCUAAGAUCCCAAAAUUUUCGAUUUUAAGCCCUUCCCCUCUGAUUCAAUCCCUUGGCUUCACGUUUUUCAAAUUUCAAAAAUUUUCCACCUUUUUCGUCUUUUUGGGAGUGAAUCCCGUGAGUUUGAAAUGCUAAGAUCCCAAAAUUUUUGAUUUUAUGCCCUUUCUCCCGAAAUUCAAUCCCAUGGCUUCACUCGUGGUCUCGUGGUUUCGUGACGGUUUCAUGACGGUUUCGCGGUUUCGUGGUUUCGUGGUUUCAUGGUUUCAUGGUUUCAUUCAUGGUUUCAUUCAUGGUUUCGUGGUUUCGUGGUUUCCUGGUUUCUUGGUUUCCUGGUUUCCUGGUUUCCUGGUUUCCUGGUUUCAUGGGUUCAUGGGUUCAUGGGUUCAUGGGUUCAUGGGUUCAUGGGUUCAUGGGUUCAUGGGUUCAUGGGUUCAUGGGUUCAUGGGUUCAUGGGUUCAUGGGUUCAUGGGUUCAUGGGUUCAUGGGUUCAUGGGUUCAUGGGUUCAUGGGUUCAUGGGUUCAUGGGUUCAUGGGUUCAUGGGUUCAUGGGUUCAUGGGUUCAUGGGUUCAUGGGUUCAUGGGUUCAUGGGUUCAUGGGUUCAUGGGUUCAUGGGUUCAUGGGUUCAUGGGUUCAUGGGUUCAUGGGUUCAUGGGUUCAUGGGUUCAUGGGUUCAUGGGUUCAUGGGUUCAUGGGUUCAUGGGUUCAUGGGUUCAUGGGUUCAUGGGUUCAUGGGUUCAUGGGUUUGGGGUUUGUUUGUUUUUGUGUCGGAGGUUUUGGGUUCGGGUGUUGGAGGUUUUGGGUUUGGGUGUUGGAGGUUGAGGUUUCCGAAGGGAUGUGUUUGCAAAGUUUUAUUGCUCUUAAUAUUAAGCGUACUUAAGUUGUUAUUUGCAUAGUCACUGUAUUAAUUUUGAAAGAAGACGUGCUGCUGCAAGCAGUAUCGCAGUAAUAUCAAGAGCACUUUAUAACAUUUUCUUUUCCAGGAGUCCUUUCGUCGACGUACUGAAGAUAUUCUGUUAUGCCUGGUCGUAGAAUGAUAUUGCUCACGAGAAACAUGCAAAAAAUAUCAUGUCAAGAAUAGAACGUCGUGUACUAGAAAAAGGAUAAGGAACGGCCACGACUCCUGUUGCAAUAUGGAAAUUUUAUAAAAAGAAACCUGCGUGCCACGCACUGCCAUGACGACGGAGAACAUGAAUGGAACAUAUCCAUGGUCGCACACCUUAGUCCUCUUACCCCUCCUCGCAUGAGGAGCCGCAGGUUACCAUUACUUUCGCGGG